AAUUGGACUGGCCCGGUCUCACACUCGCAGCGCAGACCCUGCAGCAGGACGCGGACCGAGGAGGCCCCGAGGAGAGGCGGGGGACACAGGCUCGAGGUGGAGCGGACAGGCGGGGAGGGGGGAGACACACACGGAGAGACCCCUUUCAGACUGGGAUAGAGCGGGACACCGGGCGGGGAGGGGGCCCCGCAUGAUUCCUCCUCGCUAUCCGCGGGCUGUGAUGAUGGUGGUGAUGCACCGAGAGCACAGAUUCCUGCGGAGCCCGACACGCUGCACCACGACCCCGCAACCGAGCGAGAGCCGCUGCAGGGGCUCCUGCCGCCCUCUAUCAGAGCCCGAAAACUGGAUUUCCAGACCGAUGCUCGAGCCGAACCACCGGGUAACGGACUAACGUUACCCUGCGUGCUCCAUUCAUACUCCGCCCCGCCGCGGGAUGAGACGGGGAUUUGCAGCGGACGCAGACACCAGCUUUGAACCGAGCCUGCGUUUGACCGGGUCCAGGUGCGCGCACCGGGAUUUGUUUUGAGCCGUGCAGCAAGACGAGAGAGGAGGUGGGGGGAAGAUGUUGGUGCGAUGCUACCGGGGCAAGCUGUCGGUGUGGGCCGCUCUGUGCGUGCUGGUGCUCGGAUGGUUCUACAUCUACCCGGGCUACAAGCUGCCCCAGGAUAAAGAGAUCGUGGAGGAGGUGCUGAGGCAGGGGGAGGCAUGGCAGAAGAACCAGACGGGCAUCGAUCUGUACAGGAAGUUGCUGACUGAGUGCUGCGAUCCCAGGAGGAUGUUUGCAGUGACCAAGGAGAACUCGCCGAUGGGCAAGGUCCUGUGGUACGACGGCGAGUUUUACCACUCACACACCGUCAACAAUGAGACCUACUCGCUAUUUGUGCAGGAAAACCCUCUGCAGCUGCCCUUGAAGAAGUGUGCAGUGGUGGGCAACGGUGGCAUUCUCCGCCACAGCAAAUGCGGACGGGACAUCGACCAGGCUGACUUCAUCAUGAGGUGUAACCUUCCUCCGCUUUCGAAGAAAUACGUGGAGGAUGUUGGAACAAGGACACAUCUGGUGACAGCCAACCCCAGCAUCAUCGAGAAGAGAUUUCAGAACCUUCUGUGGUCGAGAAAAGCUUUCGUGGACAGCAUGAAGGUCUACGGCUCCAGCUACAUCUAUAUGCCAGCCUUCUCCAUGAAGCCUGGCACCGACCUGUCGCUGCGGGCGUACUACGCCCUGGCAGACACCUCCUCCAACCUCACCAUGCUCUUUGCCAACCCAGAAUUCUUGCGCACGGUGGGAAAAUUCUGGAAAGCCCGCAGCGUGCACGCCAAGCGCCUCUCCACGGGGCUCUUCCUGGUCAGCUUGGCCUUGGGGCUGUGCGAGGAAGUGACGGCCUACGGCUUCUGGCCGUUCUCCGUGGGCCUGGACGAGCAGCCGGUCAGCCACCACUACUACGACAACAUCCUGCCAUACAAGUGGUUCCACGCCAUGCCCGAGGAGUUCGUCCAGCUUUGGCAUCUGCACAAAAGCGGCACGCUGCGCAUGAGAGUGGGACACUGCCCGCCACAGGAAGGACGCAGCUAGAGCCGACAGCGACGGUGGUCAGCUGAAGUUCAGCAGGCUUUGCAGGAAGCAGAUGAAGACAAUUUUUUUUCAGCAGGAAGAAGGGGUGCGCGUAUUUCCUCUGAGGAGCCUCGGCACUGCGUCUGUGUCCACACACACACUCCUGCUGUCCCCCCGCAGCUAAUCCUUAAUUAUCAUGAGAAUGUCCUCCACACACACCAGACCAGACCAGACCAGACCAGACCAGCAGCACCAGGGACAGAAGACACACCGACACACCGCAGCCACACAAACACACACGUAAAAUAAUCAUACAUUCCCAAGAACUUGCCACAUCUCCUCCCUUUUAUUCCUGAAAUGUGUGUGUGUGUGCACGGAUGUGUGUUGGGACUGAUGAAGGUGAAGUCUGGAUGGAUGGGGGAUGUUUUUUUGUUUUGUUUUGUUUUUUUGUCCUUGUAUGGUGGCUACUGUAUCUGAGUGACAUAUGGGGCAGCUGGACCAAACCCCCCUCUGGGUCUUUGUUAAACAGAGACAGAAGGAGGACUGGGGGGAAUAAUAAAACGCACUGAAAGACCGGUGAAAUGAGAGGAACAAGGGAGAGAUAAUGGCGUCGCGGUACCUCGUAGCUUGAAUAGAACUGAAAUUUAAUGGAGGAGAAAAAAAGAGACUGGCAGGGGGGAGAAGAGUGAAAGCUGGCUGGUGUGCGUCUGAAAGGAUUUUUUUUCCCUCUGCUUUUCUUCAACCGAGCGCUUGAUCGGCAUUCUCUUGUGCCAAAUGGAGCUUUAGUUCAAAGCAGGAUCCAUUAGAAAUGGAGUCUUAACUACUGCAUACCCCGGAAUGUUUAGCCGAGUUGCAUCUUAACCCUUUUAAGCGAAAAGGGAAAACGAGUACACCCCCCGGUGUCCGCAUGUUGUUUCCGUUUGCCAAAUGUGAUUUUCGGGAUUAAUGUGAAUUCUUUUUUUUCUUUUUUUUAGGUUCAUCAGUGGCCAUGGAGAAAAGGGAGCAAGCGUUAUCGAUGUAUUUAAUCAGAAAAUGAACAUUUGUUGCAAAAAAACCAAACAAAACAUUACACAUAGGUACCUCGCCUCGAAGCGGACAUGUUCUCAGACUGACCACUUGGUAUGUUUUCACUCACAAACAGGCUCCGCGACCUGCUUCUUCAGAGUGGAAGUUAACAAGUCGAUUCUUGGUGUCUGUACUAUACUUGCCAAGUGCCAUGCCGAGGGGAACAGUGGUCUCUUUCAUACUCUCGCACCGUCUCUGUGCUCUCAAAUGGCGAGGCACCGAUAUAAAGAGAUGUACUGACAGAGGAAGACUCCACGUCACGAAGAAGUGGCAUUUUACAGGAAUGGGUGGCUUUUGUUUCUUUAGAUGCUGACUUGUGACGUAUUGUUUUGUAUCUGAGCACAGGAGGAGCGAAGCCUCUUUUCCUGUGCUCCCUUUUUUUUUUGUUAUAAUUGUGUUCUUGAUUUUUCCGUGGGCAAGGGAAAAAUAACUUGCCAACACGAAAGGACACGUCAGUUUGAUUUAUUUUGUACUUGCAGGCCUUGCAGAAGGAAAAAAAAAACAAUGUACUUGAUUUGAAGUUUCUUUUGAGAUGUUAUUUCAGAGUGAUAAAUGUUACCGUGCCAUAUUGUCAGCACUGCAAACUGCAUGCAAAGUGCAUCAAAACACUCCUCGGGACUCAAGGUACAGAACAUGUCGAUAGCUGUUAGCGCUUCAUGCUUUUUAUCCACCUCCUUGUCUGUCAAACUGAAUGAGGUCCAGUGCCUUUGAGAUGUGUCGAGGCAUAAAGAUUCAAACGAGGGAUAUUUCUGACUCCGUUCAUGCUCUUCGCUGUGUUUGAUUUGUGAUCGUGACCCUUGAUGUCAUGUAACAUUAACUUAAACGAGAGCUACACGUCGGACAAUGUUAAUGAGGCGAAACGAACUCGAAUCAUUUCCGGUCCAGACGCACGCGUGGCUCCUCGAGACAGAACUUGACGAACACUUUGACCAAUUUGUUUUACGUACUGUGAUGUUUCUGAUUUGCACCUUUUUUUGUUUUUGUUUUUUUCUCCUCUCCUGCCCAGUAUUGUGAAUGAAUGAGAUGUGACAUAUUGUGAAUUUUAAGUAAGCAUGAUGAUUUUUAAUGUAUAUGUGCUUUUUUUGGUAGACAGAUUUGUAUCUUUUAUGCUCGGAUUCAUGCCCUCAUUCCAUCCUGUCCGAGCAUUAGAGGAACCAGAUUUCUUAUUGAAAGGGAGAUGGAUCUGUCAUGUAAAUAUUGGUCCGUUAGCAGAGUGACCAGUUAGUUUUAGUUCUCCGGUCCUUCUUCAUAAGUAUACUUUUUUCAAACAGCCACAUGUGGACUUCAUUGAGCCAAACAGGUCUAAAUAAACUGCAGAUGUUGCUAAAAGAAAACAUCUGAAUCUCUCGCACUGUGCUCUUCCUGCUACUACGUUCACAAAUCUUGUGCGACAUUUAAACGCAGUGACAUCGUAGUUUUGUUUUUAACAAUGUCUGUUAUUGAUCUGGCAUGCAUAUGUAAUGCAUAUUAUCAAUAUUUUUUUACAUUCCAGUCAGACAGUUUCAUAUCAUGUGGCUGAACAUGCCAAACUCGUGUUUUAUUACAUAUUAAACACAAAUUUAGGUAAAUUUGAACUUGGGCCCUGUUUUAUUUAGUUUUGGAGCCCGGGUUUAAAAAUGACGUAACAACCCUUUAAUAAAAUGUGUAUGAAAAGUUUCAUCUUUUGGGGAAAUUUUCCUGAGAGCUAGAUUAGAGGGUUGAUAUCAAUCACAUGCAUUGCCUUUGAUGUUAAAGCUACAGCUAACAGCUGGUUAGCAUAGCUUAGCAGAAAGACUGCUAGCCUCCCAGUACCUCUACUUGACAGCUUGCUAUCCAUCCAGUAUAUCUGUUGUGUUAAAUUCAUGACAUUUUACUGGGGAAUUUAUUUAAAAGCAGGAUGUAAACAGCUUGAUUUUCAAAACAGGGAAACAGCUAGCUGUUUCUGGUAGCAGCAAUGUGCUAAGCUAAGCUAAGCUAAGGUACGUGACCGUGUGUGUGUGUGUUGCUUCAAUAUUAGCUUAAAGCUAUGAGGGCCAUAUCAAUAUUCUUAUCUAGCUUAUCAAAUAACUGCAUCUCCCACACUGUUAAACUUACUAAAUAUUUUAUUAAAGGAUAAUUCCAGUAUUUUUUUAACCUGAACCUCUUGAGCCUACAUUUACAUUCUUUCAGAGGCCAGGUUUGAAAAUGACAGAGUUACCCCUUAAAAAAAAAAGGUGUAUGAAUAUUUUUGUAGUUUCAUAUUUUGGGAAAUGCAUAAAAAGAUUAGCAUCUCUCAAGUAUUUCUGUUAAAUUUAGAGCUACAGCUGACAGCUGGUUAGCUGACUGCAAACAGGAGGACACUGCUCACCUAUUAGCGCCUCCACAGUUUAGUAAUCACCCAAUAUAUCUCUUGUGUUAAAUCUAUGAGUUAAUCUGAGGAAUUAACUUAAAAAGCAAGAUUAAAACUUCAUAGAACAGGUGGAUUCUUAUUUUGGUUGCUGCUUUAUAAUAAGGGUACAGAUAUGAGGCCAGACACCUCGGACAGAAAGCAAACAAGCCUACAUCCCAAAAUGUCAGACUAUCUCAUUGAAGCUGCUAGUGUUAACACGAGGCCCGUGAAAAAAGGGGGACAGGGAAAAAAAAAAGAUCAUGGCACGUACACAGUGGCAGCAUUGUCGUCCAUUUCCUUUCCUCUUUUCCUGCCAACAGGUCACAUUUAUCAAACCUCAAGUAUGCGUGGCUGCAGGGUGACAAAUUGGUUAACGUCUUAUCGUGGAAAAUGUCACAUGUUUGAUUGGCUGCAGUGUCUUUUAGCAAGACACUGAAAUACCGACCACAGAGUUUGUGUCAAACCACGGGUCCUUCGCCCAACAAUGACAAUAUCUGCUAAGACUCUGGUCCUGUGAGUAUGCAAACACUAAGUUGUGGAUGCCGAUGUCUUUAUCAGGUUUAACAUGGCAGAAAGUCUCAGAUGUAGUGAUGUGAUCGUUUGAAGCUACGUUUUUCUGACAUGUCUUCACCUACAGAGCGCGAGGAUAUGCUUUUAUCACGAGUGACGUGACAAACUCAAUGUAAAGUGGAUCAAACAGUGGAAGCAAAUACAUGUUGGCGUUCGCUUUAAUCUGAUGAGGCUGUUGAAGUCAAAGCCAACGUGUGCAGCAUUUUUAUGCGAUUAUAGCAUCUUUUAAAUUAUUCUUUUUGCCACUGUAAAGAAAGUGCGUUGCUGUCAGCCCCUUUAUCUCAGUGUCACUGGGACAAAUUCCUAGAACAGACAGGCUACCUUUUUUAAUGUUACCACAGGGGGCGCCAGAGUCAUGAUUUUUAAAUUCCAACACAGCAGCUUUUAAAAUUUUAAUCAAAUAUAAACACAUAUUUUAAAUGACACUAUACCAUGAUUCUGUAGUUGUGGUGACGCAGUAAACACUCAAAACAAAUAGAACUGACCAUUUGUAAACACUGUUUGACUCAUCUUUUGAUCCAUACCGGUCCAGAGGGCUCAACUUUCUUACAUAUUUAGAUAUUUGAUGUUAUGCCAAACUUUGUUAUUUUAAAUACCAGAUGUCAAUGUGCUUUAUUUGCCUUGAAUGACUGAAUUUGUUAAGAAAAAAAAAAAACGAUGGAGAAAACCUUACGGAGGCAUUGCUUUUCUGCACCACGUCAACCAUCACCUCCUCCUGCUCAUUCGAGUCGUCUGAUGUGAACAGCCCUGCUUGAGCAUGUUGAAAAAAAAAAAUCAGAAGUGCAGUUUAAAAAUGGAGUAAACCAACUGUAUGUGCCACCUUGAUUAAAAUGUGAAGGAUACGUGAGAAAAAGAUUAAUGAAAACAACCAUAUCCAUAUACAAGGCGAACACUGGUGUCCAAUAAAAGAAAAAAAAAUGAUA